CAUGCUAACUAUUCACAGAUAUUAGACAGGCGUAAUCAGAUUGAUUGAUGGACGAUAUAAAAUGAGUUCAAACCUAAUCAUAUAUUUCUUGGAACUACAAACAGCUUUCUGACAAACAAGCGAGACAAUAAUGGAAACAAAGAUGUAUGCAGUUUUGGCUAUUUUUAUAGUUCCAGAAUUGCCGUGCUGUAAUGGAGAAUGGGGAUUUCAGCAUCCCGUUGUUUACACUGUUUACAAUGAAAAGAAAACUUGGAACGACGCUAAAGCUAUCUGUUAUGCUAAUAACAACACUAUGUUGUCUAUGUCAAAUGACAAUGUAUGGCAGUUCUGGAUAUCAAUGUUAGACUUGACAACCACUGUAGCACACAGAAACAAUCCGAGAUUCUGGUUCGGGCUUCAUUCAACUAACCCUGCAAAUCUCUCCGAACUGUAUUGGGGUGACUGUCGUGUUGCUGAUUGGUUAGAAUGGACAAUCUACAGACCUGCAUAUAUUCCUGAAAAUUACCAGUGUUUGGGAUUUGAUAUCGACUUCCAUCCAUUAACAACAGUUACAUACAUACUGUGGCUGACAAUAGAAUGCCAGGAACAAAAUAGAUUCAUUUGUGUUUGGGAAGAUGAAUGUAUUUAUCAGACCUGUGAAGAAUUCCUCAUUUUCAUGCCUGCCUCUGAAUGCACUACAGCGUGUACAGUUUUAUUUACCAUCGGAGAAGUAACUAAUUUCGUGACAUGUAGAGCUCGUGCCAUAAAUUUCGGAAAUCAUUCAAUUUGCCACGUGUAUAUGGCUCCAGGUUUUGUAACCGUUGCACAGUCUUUUUCAAUAUGUUAUAAGCCUGCAGUAGAUGCACCUCUUGAACGAUGUCAUAAUGUGUCCGAUACGCUCGAUUUGGGACUGUUCAAUGAUUCAAGUACCACGCCCAACAGUACAUGUAAGUCAUCAGACCAGUCUACAACUCUUUCUGGCAUGUUCUUGACAACAACGGAAGGUAUUUGUGAAUGUCCAUGCCUACAGUCAGAGGAAACUACAGGCCCACCUCUAACGAUUGACCAGCGAAUUGAAAUCCUGAAAAAAGAUUUGACAAUCGACAAGACCAAGACAUCAAAAAAUAAAAGAAAAUUAAUAUCCGUCAGUGAUGAACGCCCUUCCGCAAAAGGUUUGGGAGUGUUUGGCUUGGCUAUAUUGGUUUUAGUUCCUGUGUGUAUCCUUUUGAUAGACUUGACUUCAAUAAGUCGACAUGUCAAUUAUUUCUGCGAAAGAAAAAUGCCGCGUACAGAAAAAUUUAAAAUACCAAACUCCUCAGAAGAAAGAUUAAACAAAUCAUUCAAGAAAACGUCAAACAGACGGAUCAGUACAGCAUUCAUUAACAACAAAACAUCAAAAGGAAGUAUGCAAUUUACAAAUAUUUAUACAAAUGACGAAAGAAAGAGGGAAAAUAGACCACCUUCAGCAUAUCCUAUAAAUAUGCAAUCUAGUCGAUCAUCAUCAGUAAUGUGUAUAAGACCAAAGACGCCUGUAAAUCCUAAAGUUCAAGUUGUGUAUAAAGACAUCCUAGAUGUUAAAUAUCAAUCAUCCAUGAUAGCAUCCAGAAUUAUUGCCAGUGAAAUAAAAUCUGGAAAGCGAAGAUUAUCACAUCAUAAUGCUGCCUUUAUAGGAAGAGAUAUAGGCGAGAAAGUUAAAAAGAAAUCUGCAAAAGAUAUAAAACUAGACGGGUUGCCAUGGAUACACAUGCUAUAAAGUAUUGCAUUUCGUAGUUCAAGAAAAACACAUUUGCUUUCAUAUAACAAUGAUUCCUUGGUCUGUAAAGUUUAUUUGUAAAUUUUCAACUAUCAUCAUAAUCAGGGAACGAAAUCAUUGCCAUAAUGCAUAAAUGAUUUCAUUACAAAGGUACAUUGAUCUCAUUUUGCAGUAACGAGACUUGAUAUGUUCUAAUUUUGUUGUCAAAAAUACUAUAUAACUGUAUCAGAUACAAUCGGAUUAGCAUAGAAGUACGACUUUAAAAUAUUAGUGUUCAGUUCCGAUCAUACAUACACAUAGUUAGUUGUUAAGUGCUUGUUUUAAAAAAUGUGCAUUGAUAUAUUAAAGGUCUAUCAUGCAAACUUUUAAAGACACUAGCU